ACACCACAGGAUAUAUUUCUGCAUGUUUUAGAUGAUUUCCAGAGAACCCACAUGACCAUUAUUGACACAGAAAACAGAGUAAAAUAACAUUCCCAUAAUAAUGAUACACAUCUUUCACUGACAUCCGCAGGGAAGAUUUUCAUGGUAACAUUCAUUGAACAGAAUAUAGAGACUGGUGAAGUUGAAAUCAGUGAUUUGUUGAGAUUCCUCACUGAUUCCGAAAAUGAGAGCAGUGAUGCUGUGUCAGUACAGUUUGUGACAGCUCUGAAUGCCUUGUCAGGAUCUGUAGUACAACCUGUCACUCCUGUAGUGCCAGAUGAGACCAACACCAAAGGAGAACAGUUAAAUUCAGAACACAGUAUUCCCCAGCUAGAUGAUGACUGUACACAAAUAACAAACAUGAUUGAGCCUCAACUUGCUAUAAUUCAGGUGUAAGAAAUAAAAUCCUUAACAGGAUCUAACUUGCAGGGGACAGCAAAUAAGCAACUUGUGGGUGAUCAGCAGGGAGAGAAAGAAGUAAUUUCAGAUUGCUGGGAUGCCAUCUCUAGUGAAACCUCACUGCAUAGAGCUGUUUCUCAUCAAGAUACAGACCUUGUACAUAGCAUAAUAAAAGCUGGUGGAAACGCAGAUGUUCAGGAUUAUGCUGGCUGGUCUGCACUACAUACUGCAAGUCCAGAAGGCAUUUAUGGGAUAGCAAAUGAGCUAUUGAAGGCAGGAGCUGAUGUCAAUGCUAGAGCAGAUGAACAAAUAACACCGUUGCAAGAUGCAGUUAAAGAAGGCCAUUAUGAGGUGGCACAGUUAUUACUUCGGCAUGGAGCUGAUCCUUUAUCAAAAAAUGAGAUGAGAAGGUGUGCAUUAGAAGAAGCUUCUGACCCAUCUACGAGUAAACUGCUUGAAAGCUAUGUAAGGAAAUCCAGAAGAGAUUCAGUAUCAGGUGGAGAUGGUUCAAAGAAUAUGUUACAUAGUCUAAGUGUAGAGGAUACAAACCUGCAUCAGAUUUCAUUACAGGCACAUGGCUCAGAACCAGCCUAUGCAAAUCUUACAGAUUCAGAGAGCAUGGAGAUACUGCAACAGACCAUUGUAAAUCAGGUGCAAAACACAUACACUAAUAUAUCUGAAGAUGGAACCAGCUGCACUGAACAGAUACUUCAAGCAAACACAGAAACACUGUUAGCACAUGAGCUUUUAGCAGCUACUAAUGGAGAAAGUGUUUCUGGAAGUCCUUACAAUUCUACCAGUGGUGUACUAAGCACCACUGAACAAAAGGCUUCACAACCAGAGAAAGGAGGGAGGACCCUGCUUCACUCAGAAGAAAGUGUUGAAGGAUGUCAUAUUGAAACUGAAAAUGCUAGUAAUUUAGAGAUGGAGCCUAUAACUUUACAACUCCGUGAAAAGGACACGCUUCAAAUUGUGGAAAAUAUGCAUAAAGAAACCUCCCAGAAAAUAGAUGAAGAAGUUGUUGCUGGAGUAAGUGGAACAGAAGGCACUGAAAAAAAUGGGGAGGAAGGAAAUGCAAAGACCAACAUGGUUUCACAGUUUCCUGAAGCAGAAGAUGUCCAAGCUAAAAGAGUCAGAUUAGACCCUCGGAAGGCAAGCCGAAUGGCAGCCUCAUAUUCCAGCAGGAGCAAAACCAAGCUUUUAUCAAGACAAUUGCAAUUCAGUCAAGCAUCAGAACAGCAAACAUCCAAGAAAUCAGUAUAUACGCAAACAAAGAGGAGAAAUGCAAAAGGGGAAACUCGGCUGCAUAUUGCUGCUAGGAGAGGAGAUUUGUCUGUGGUGAAAACUCUGAUAUUGUCUGGAACUUGUGUCAAUGAACAGGACUAUGCAGGUUGGACAGCAAUUCAUGAAGCUUGCAGUAAGGGAUUUACUGAAGUGAUCGUCGAAUUACUGAAGGCUGGUGCUGAUGUUAACAGCAGAAGUCUGGAUGGUAUUUUGCCAAUACAUGAUGCUGUUUAUGGCAAUUAUUUGGAGGCAGCCAGGAUUCUGCUACAGCAUGGAGCGAAUCCCUGUGAAAGGACCGGUUCAGGACAAAGUGCUUUGGAUAUAGCUUGUGAUGAUGAAAUGAAAGAACUGCUGAAGUCUUACAGUGCUAUGGGCCCUGUACUUCCUGUUGAGACUACUGAAGUUACAGAGGGGAAGUACCCUCCUGGCUCACCAAGAUCAAACGAUCAUCGUUACUACUGUUGUAGAAACGAUGAUGCAGCUUUGGAGCCACAACAUGAGAAAUACAGUGUGGUGUCUAUUGCUGCCAUACAAGGUGCAGAAGAGAGGCUAAAAGAACUGUUGCUAUUUGAACUGAAAACUUCCAAAGAUGCAGAUGUGUAUAUCCAGAGGCUGGCUGAGAUGCAAGAUACUUUGAAUAAAAUGCUUGCAAAACAGAAAACAGAAAGGGAUACCCUUGCUAAAAAAUACAGGACUUCAGUGGAAUCUUUUAAAAGAGGAGCACUGAGGAAACAAUUAGUUGAUCUUGUUUCUAGGCAAAAGAGUCUGUUGAGUAUUGCCCAAAAGCAGGAAGAACUAGUCCAGAAAAUACAAAAUUACAGAAAAACAAAGCAAGUGUUCAGUGCAUCAUGUUCAGAGAAUCAAAUCUCAAACUCACUUAUUUCCUGUGGAGAUGAUAAAAGGCAAAGUCUAACUGCUGAUGAAAUCAUGUGUCCUGAUGUAGUUACACUUAGCAUGGGGCUUGGUGCCAGCAUGCCUAAUGGAAACAGAGUAGAAGCACAUCUCUCUUUAGAAAAUAGAUUUUCAGCUCAGGAAUGCAGCCAACACCCACACAUCUGCUUGGACGAGACAGGAGCAAAUAAAGAAGCAAUUACAACCAAAGAGGCUUCUGAUCAUGCUUUGGCAUCUGAAAACAGGGUAAGAGAAUAUCCCUUUGACAUGUCAAAGCUGACAAAUGCUGUGGAAGUGGUGACAUUGCCUUCAGAACCUACUGUUUCCACUGCUGGAGCAAAGCGCUCACAGCAAAAAGGCAUUGAUCGUGUAGCAAUUGCAGGACAAGGAAACAAGUCUUUAAAUCCCAAUUCAGUGACUGGUGCAUUAAAUACUGUAGAACGCCAACGCACUGUUGUCAAUAACAAUGUCUGUCAACCAGACGGUGACUUCCAGCAGGUUCUUACAGAUAAGGAUCUACACAGGUAUGUCAAUAAGAAAGAAGCUUUCCAGCAGCAGCAGCAAGUAAUUUUGUCAUCAUCUACAAAGAACUUCCCUAAUACCGUGCAGCAAAUGAUCUUGUGGAAUAGUGAGGACUCAUUUAAUGCCAACUCAUUGCUAACAAAUCGUACCUCAAGUGCAGAUUAUCCUGUAAACCUCAGUCAGAAAUCAUCCAAGAGCUAUAGUAAUCAGGAACAUGAACAAAAGCAAGUGAGUUAUGGAAGAAAAAAUAGGAAUAAGCCUCAGUUGAUAGAUCUGCUUGAACUGGGAAGGAUUAAGCCAGGAGAAAAUGUCUUAGAAUUCAAACUGCAGGAAUUUAGUCAUAAAGCCACGCUCUUAAGCAAUGGCAAGGUCAGAACCAGUAAGGGAGAAAUACUUCAGAAUCCAGUUCACUGGAUUAAAGACCUCCUAGGAGGUGAUAUUUCUGUGACGUGGAAGUAUGUGUGGAAUAAGGUUACAUAUCUUGGGACACAGUUGUCAAAAUUGCUGGUUGAAAAAGUGUCAGUUUCUAGUAACCUGGAAUUUCCAUCACAAGGAAGAGAGCCUUUGGUUGUGAAAACAUUGCUGUGCACUGAAAGAGAAGCAGCUGUUAGGAGGAAACUUAAGAGCUCUUCUGUCCAGUUCAACUCAGUUGAGAGUCUGAUACAUUUUCUUCAGUUCAGUAAGAGAGUAAUGGUAUCUAAGGAGGAGUUUCUACCAUGCUCUGUGAUGGAAAAGCACUGGAGUUUCUACAAAGGAUGUGAAGAUUUUGGAUUCUAA